AUGGUGAAAAAAAGAGACAAUCCCUUAAAAAUAGAUUUCAAAAGGGGUAUUAUAGAAGACAGAUUACAACAAAUACUACCCAAGACGACUCGAAAUGAAUUAUCUUUAGUUAAAGUUUGGACAAUCGAUAUUGAACCUCGACAGUCCAAAAUUGUUCUUCAGUAUAUUAAAAGCAUGAUAAAUGGGAGAGAUCCAAUUUCUCUAUUGCAUCUCAAGAGGAUCAAGAAAAAUAAGGAUGGUACUUUGAAGAUAAUAUUAUGCUCAAUUGAAUACGAUAUGGAACCCAAAGAAAUAUGCGAUGCUCUAUUGAAAAUUUCUAACGAUUCGUUCAAAUAUUGUAACUUAGUGGAUUGUUCUGUCCCAAGAUGUAGUCCAACAUCCAAGGAAUUGAUGGCUGAAUGGUCGAAUAAAUAUUGGCCUCUUGUGUGGAAUGGGAAUCCCAAUGAUCAAAUCUUGAACGACUAUGAGAUUGAUAUGAAGACAGUAAGGGAGACACUUGACAAAAUUACUGAAGUUGCAAAAAAAGUGCAGGAAUCAGGAGAUGAAUUACCCAUUGUUACGGCAUUUGUGGAUCCCCUCGAUAAGGAAAAUAUAAUAAUCGCCACUGAUAAAAGAUCCAGUCCCCAUUGUACCAUUUUGGAUCAUAGUAUUAUCAAUGGUAUCAAAGAGGUUGCAAGGCAAGAAAAGCAGAGAAGAGAUCUUGUGGCGAAGGGAGAGCUUGAAGAUAGAAUUUCAACUUAUCUUUGCCUCGAUUUCGAUGUUUACACCACCCAUGAACCAUGUUCUAUGUGUUCCAUGGCGCUUAUCCAUUCGAGAAUACGAAGAUGCAUCUUUCUUCAGCAGAUGGAGAAAACUGGUUGCCUAAAACAAGAUAGUGGUGACGGAUACUGUAUGCAUGCUAAUGAGUUUUUGAACUCGAAAUACGAAGUGUUCCAGUGGAUUGGUGACGAGUAUCCUGUCCCCAAGAUUGCUUCAGAUCUUUGCACUUAA